AUGUCCAGAGAUUAUCAAACCAUUGAAUCUGAAUUAAUUGAUGAAACAACAAAUUAUCAAUCAUCUUUUAAAAAAAUUAAAUAUAUCAUAUUUUCAAUAUUAACAAUACCAUUUAUAAUUUAUUUAUUUAUAAUAUUACCAACUCAAGAAACUGAAAGAAUUAAUUUACCAAGAUUAAAUAAAUUUGAUAAAUUAUCUAAACCAUUAACUAAAACAAAUGAAAGAUUAAUUAUAAUUGGUGAUGUUCAUGGUUCUUUAAAACCUUUAAAAAAUUUAAUUGAAAAAGUUGAAUUUAAUAAUGAGAUGGAUCAAGUUAUUCUUUUAGGGGAUUAUUUAUCAAAAGGUCCAGAUUCAAUAGGUGUAUUAGAUUAUGCAAUGGAAAAUGGUUUUAAAGGUAUCUUGGGUAAUCAUGAAUUAUCAAUCCUAGCAAAAUAUCAAGGUUCUAAAAAUUUAUAUUUCCAAGAUGAUGAUUUAUAUAAUUUAACUAAAAAAACCAUUGAUGGACCAAAAAAAAUUGAUAAAGAAAUCAUGAUUGCCAAAAAAUUAACACCAGAGCAUAUUAAUUAUAUUACUUCAAUGCCAAUUUUCUUGGAAUUAGGACUUGUAUCAAGUUUUACAAAUCAUGAAAAUAAAUGGAAUUCACCAAUUAAUGGAAUUGCAUCACAUUUAGGUAUAAAUAUUGACAAAAAAACAAUUGAAAAUCAAAAAAUUAUGGAUCAAUUACAAUUAAAUAAAUAUUGGUUUAAGGAUUAUAAUAAUUAUGAAAAAACAAUUGAUAAAAAACAUAGAAAUAUAAUAUUUUAUGGUCAUUAUGCCGGAUUAGGUUUAAAUUUAAAUAAAUAUUCAAAAGGUUUAGAUAGUGGUUGUGUUUAUGGUGGUGAAUUAACUGCUAUGGUUAUUUAUAUAGAGAAAGAACAUGAUGAAUUAGUGUAUAAACAUGAUGUUGUUUCAGUUAAAUGUUGA